AUGGGCGGUGUCUGCACGCACGGCGACGAGUGCCUCUUCAGCCACGACGCGUCGACCGCGAUCAACGGCAAGUCGCCCAUCCUCUGCCGCAACUUUGCCCGAUCCACGUGCUCGUUUGGCGACCAAUGCCUCUUCAGCCACGACCCGACGAUGGACAAGCGGUCGCUCAUCAAGUGCCGCAACUACGAGAAAUUCGGGUCGUGCAGCCGACCCGACUGUGCGUUCGGUCACGACGGAUUGAGCAAGCGUGCAGCCGCCGCGGUGCUCGAACCGCCGGCCGCCAAGAAGCUCAAGAUCGCGUCCGUCCCCAAGAGCCAGCAGGCGCCGAUGCCCACGACCGCCAAGACGACCAACCAGACGCCUGCCCCGUCGUCGUCGUCGUCGACGCUGCCCAAGUGCGCGGAAUGCAUGAAGACGAACGCGACGCUCCGCUGCGCGCAGUGCGAAGAGCACUACUGCGCCGCGUGCGAUGCGACGGCCCACGCGUCGCGCGUCAUGUCCAAGCACGAGCGCACCGCCCUCGCGGUCCCGAUCUUCUGCGCCGAGUGCCGCACAGACGCCGCGACCGUGCGCUGCACCAAGUGCGAACUCGACUUUUGCUCGGGCUGCUCGUGGAAGGUGCACGAGUUCCGCGUCUUCCGCAGCCAUCGCCGCGAGCCGAUUGGAAAUGCCAAGUCGGAUGCCGACGUUAACGAAGCGAUGGUGGACGAGGAGGAAGCCAGCGAAGAGGAUGAUACUGUCGAGCAAGUGCCCGUUGUGGCGCCCAAGACGCCCGCUGUGCGACCGAUGCCCAAGAUGGUCCUGAGCGACGACAGCAGCAGCGACGAAGAGACGGUCCAAGUGGCUGCCAAGUCGCCAGUUGUGGCUGCCAAGGCGCCCGUCGUAUCUGCACCCGUGACGGAGCUCUCCAGCGAAGACGAAAGCGAGGACGAGAGCGAGGUCGCGCCUGCACCGUCGGCUCCCGCCACGGCGCUCGACAGUGAGAGCAGCGAGGAAGAAGAAGAAGAAGUGGUCGCGCCAAAGAAGGCGUCGGUGCCGGCGACGUUUGCCGCGGUUGCUGCGGCCACGGCGCUGAGCUCCGAGAGCGACAGCAGCGAGGACGAAGAAGUGCCCACGAAGAGCGCGCCCAAGAAGACGGCUGUCGCGCCGGCCACGGCGUUGAGCAGCAGUGAAGACAGCGACGACGACGACAGCACGGUUGUGGUGCCCAAGAAGAAGGCAGCGCUCGGUUCCACGACGCACUCGGUCGUCAAAAAGAUCGAGGCGUACGCCGAGUCGGACUCGACCGGCGUGCUGCACUUGAGCCCGGACCUCAACAGCUACGAGCGGCUUCUGGCCCACGACACGGCCGAGAAGCUCGGGCUCGCGCACAUGAGCGUCGGCGACGGCCUCGAGCGCCACAUCACCGUCUCCAAGUCGGCGCCAGCGCCCAAGGCCAAGAAGGCGUGGUCCAAGUCGCGCGCCUAG